AUGCAGCGUCAGUGUGACGGUUGCAAUGAGUCUGCGUCAUCCUUCCAGUGCCCGUUAUGUCAGGCGGAACUUAUUACCGAUCGGGGCUUUUUUUGUGGUCAGGAAUGCUUCGCAAAGAACUGGCUUCAGCACCGCCGUACCUUCCAUAAGAGUGGGGUAGUAAGGGCCAAACAACCACGUGGUGCAACUACCGGCAAUGAGGGGGAUACGGCUAACGGAAACAGCGCUGCUGCGACAAACGGCGAUGAAACGCAGUUACGUAAAAAGAAGAGGAAAGGAGAAAAAAUUCCCGGGAGGGAGCAGGAGGAAAAUAAAAAGGACGAUAAGCUGCCGGCCAGACCUGUCGUAGGACCGUGGACGCCGCUCCCGAGGGGAGAUGAUGAGGGGCGUGUGGAACCGCAACUUUUACCUGGUGUCCCCCGUGCCAUCAUUGGUGGCGCUUCAAGUGAGCGAUCAGUUGCAUUUUGGUCAGCUGCACAUGCAGCCGCAAGUCAUAUAGUGACUGAGUUAUUGCACAAACCACAAUUGCGGGAUGAGGCCGAUAGCGAGCCAUUGAAGGUGCUGGUAAUAACCGCCGAUGCGCUUGGAGCGCACGCCAUGGCUUGGGCCUGUCGCUGCAGCGGUCUUGGUCAUUUAAUGCAGCUUGUCGUGAAAUCUAUUGAGGCAUCAAGCCCUGAAGUAGUCCCUUUCAACUACUUUGGAGGCGAGCGGCGAGUGGUAAUAACGACGCAGGAAAUAGUGGGCAAUUUGUGUGAUGGCUCAGCAGCGGCGUGGUUUUCAACGCCAAACAAUCUUUUGGUCACGCUUCCUGGUGUGAAGGAUGCAGGUAAAUUCCAGUCGGUGCAUAUGCGUGCCCUUUUUUUUCUGUAUAGCAGGGAAACUGGGGAGUCGAUGAGAGAAGAACUUCCGGGCGAGGAGGAGGAGGAGAUUACGCAUUUUGUGAAACCACUAUUGCAUGUUCCCGUUCAGUUGCAUUCCUUAUUCGAUGCUUCCGGAGUCACAAACACCAAUCAGGGUGAGAAGGGAGAUGACGAAAAAAAAACUAAGAAAGCAAGACUGUUUCGCUUCGACAACAACGUGUCGACGUCCCUUGCGCGAGGCGACCUUCGGGGAGCACUGCAGCAUCUCGUCCGGCUCUACAGCACGGAACGCAGUGCGUUUGAGGAGGUUCUUGCCAACAGUUUUUUAGCUUCUCUUGGAGCGGCGAGUGUGGCCCAUGCGCACCAUGUUCUGGCGUAUGUACUCCGUGAGCUUGUGGAUCAUUCUUCUCGCUUUAAGGCGAGCCAGGGCGCUACCUUGAAGGACAUGGCUAUACGCGCAUUAACUCGAGUAAUAGGAUUAAUUCAGCCGAUAGUUGCUGAGGACGGGACACAGCACUGCAACACAACCGCUGCUGCUUCAGCUGAGAGUGGAAGUACUGUCGAUGGGUUCAAGGAUAACGCACACAGCGGUGAGGGCGACGCGACCGAAUGUAAAUUCCCUCCUCCGUCUGAGUUCGAGAGGAAAAAGUACUUUAAUCACUACAGUUCGGCACCAAACCUGGCUCUGCAAGCGACGCUCUGCUAUUUAUAUCCGUAUACAACCGUCGGUGUUAUUGAUGCAUGGGGCGCUGCGUGGGGUGUCAAGAAAACUUUGAAGGGGCCCGAGGCGCUGAUACAAAUGGACAAAGCGCGCAAGGACGCUGUGCUAAGGUUAGAGGGUCGCUAUGGAACUAAGCUUGGUCCCUCGUUUGCAAAGUACCUUGUUGUUCUUAUGCAUUUUCUCUAUGAUGCUGUUGCGGGAUACUCUCUCGCAGUGGAGGACGUGGAGAAGCGUACCUUGUGGUCAUUAACGCUUCAAAGUGAUGUGGGCCCGCUACGCAGCUUUCUUUCGAAUUGCUUUUUGCUUCAGGAGGGUAAACCAGCUCUAAAGAAAAAGCCCACCUUAUCCGCUCGAAAGACAACCCCGAGCGCAGACGAGUUGCGAGAGCUACGGCGCAUGCUGCCGGUACGCACUGGAUCAGUCGUAAGAGAAUCAGUUUCAUUGCCAUGGGUGGAUCUCCCAAUAGUGAUGAAUCGUGAACUGAGGGUGAAGCAGCUACAGCAGCAGGCAGUGGAAGAAAUUCUGAUGGCGAUGCCACGCAAGCCUCGGCCCAUGUACAUUGGUGAUGUUGGAAAUCUUGUCGGCAGGUGGUUCCGCUUUAACGCACGUUUCGACGGUGUCCUCGGCGUAAGUCUGAUGGAUUUCCUUAUUCAGCAUCCCGAGGCAUUCCGCGUAGUUGGAGAUCUCGUGACGAGACGCACAGCUGGAACGUGUAACUCGGUGCCAAUUCGCUUCAAGGAUGACAGCGGUGAUGAUGACGAUGAUGACAACGAAGAACCUGACAAGAGUCGCAGAGCAAAGGACCGUGCGCUGCUCACUGGAGCAAAAAGUGGAAGCAAGGGAGGGUCCGGCAAAGAGCUUUCCGCACGUGCACGAAAGAAGGCCGCAGCGAAGGAAUUCAACAAGUCGCGCUUCAACCGAAAUUACAAGCCACUCGAUCCGUCAGCGAAGGUUCCCGGAUACGUGCGGCAUGCGCCUCGAAAAGUGAAGGGCCGCGGUAGGAAGGCGAACAAACGAAACACAAAACGCGGUUGA